AUGACUCAACUCGACAUCCCCUCAACCGCAUCUCUGAGCAUGGAAGUCUUCUCCAAGCACCAGAGAAUGCCUCUGCGAAUCCUCACCUUCAACGUUCGCUACGCAACAAACAACCGCGAACAUAAUGAGAAGCCCUGGGAUGUACGUCGUCCCAAGCUCAUCAAUCAGCUGAACUUUGUCACCGCUGGCCAUGAAAGCCCCUUUAUUUGUCUCCAGGAAUGUCUUAACCACCAAGUCAACGAGAUCCAGGAGGAUCUGGGCUCUCAUUGGAAACACAUUGGUCGUGGACGCGGAGAGAAACCCGAGGACGGAGAGUUUUCUCCUAUCUUCUAUCGCAAUGAUGUAUGGAAGAACGUACGCAAGGAGGUCCGCUGGUUGAGCAAGACACCCGAGAAGCCCUCACGCGGUUGGGAUGCAGUCCUUAACCGAAUCGUCACAAUGGGAGAAUUCGAACACCGAGUCACAGGCACCCGCGUCGUAGUAUUCAGCACGCAUUUCGACCACAUUGGCGUCAAGGCCCGCCAGCACAGUGCCGAGCUCCUCAUCAAGUUCGCGAAAGAAUGGGGCCAAGCAGGCGACAAGAAGGCAUCAGCCGUGCUCAUCGGGGGCGACUUCAACAGCGAGCCCGAGGAUGGCGCGUACAAGACCAUCACGGCGUCUGGGUCAGGCAUCUCUGACGUGUCGGACCUGGUGCCCAAGCAUAAACACUACGGCAACGAGACAACGUACACGAGCUUCGGGGAGGGGUGGGAACCCUCACGUAUUGACUUCCUCUUCAUACAAGAGCCGAGGACAGCUCAUGUAAAGACUUUUGGGGUUCUGGCGAAUGGGUUUGAUGAUGGCGUUCGUGUUUCUGAUCACCGACCUGUCGUGUCAGACUUGGACAUUGUGAUUUGA